AACUUGUAUCAAAAGUGAAAGCUUUAUACAAAGUCAGAGAAAGCAGAGCUUCGUCUCGAGCAACACGGCACCUCGUUUAUAAUGGAUUCCUUGUUUUGGCAGAUCGAGUGUUCGAUGUGUUUGAGCGAGUUCACUGAUCCAGUGAUGCUGUCCUGUGAGCACGCUUUCUGUCGCCAGUGCAUCAUCGGCCACAUGCAAGGCACCAGUGGCCAGAAUUUGUGUCCUGAGUGUCGGAGGCCUUUCACUGAGAGCGAUCUGCACUCCAGCCGAAUUCUAAGAAACGUGACGAGUGCCGUGAAGAAGCAUCUUACAAAACAACAAACCCAGACGGACACCUCACCCACACAAACACCACAAGCCCUAAGUGACAUGCUGGUGUGCAGUGAUCAUGAUGAGAAACUCAAGCUCUUCUGCGAAACAGACCAGAAACUCGUGUGCGUCGUGUGCCGAGACGGAGAGAAGCACCGAGGCCACCAUUUUCAACCUGUGAAGGAGGCUGCUCAGAUAAUCAAGGGAACACUCAAGGAUGCUCUGGGUUUCCUCAUCAACGAGAACACACAGCUGAAUGACAUGACCCAAAAACAAGCAACUGAGGUCACCAAGACUCGGAUGAGGCCCAAAGAGCUAUCAGUCCAGAUAUCUGCUCGGUUUGAGGAGAUGCACAGCUUCCUAAAAAAGAAAGAGGAGGAAAUAAAAAAGCAGCUGGAGACUCAAGAGCAGGAAGCCGUUACAGCCAUGUCCAAAAACGCGUCCAUGAUCAACAAAAGACUGAUGGAUGGAAAAGAGUUAGAGCGUGUUUUUCAGUCUGCAUUGGCUAUUAAUCAACCUGACUGCUUUUUACAGUGGUGGAAUGAAACAGGAUUUCCUGCUACAGAAAGAAUGAAAAUAAAAAACAACGAGAAUCCAGAUGUCAGGUAUGAGUCACGGGUAAAAGGGCUUAAUGUGAGCCUAGACUCCAUGUUCUUCGGCCCGUAUGAGACUCACCUGCAGUUCUUUGUAUGGAAAGCCAUGUUGGGAGCUGUCAGUCCAGUUCCAGAGAUCUUAACCCUGGAGGACCCUGGAGACUCUUACCUGAAGGUGUCACCAGGAGGAUCACGUGUACGGCAGGCAGACAGACAAUCCAGUUAUUUCAAGUACUACAACCCAGGUGUCAUGUCUGAGCAGACCUUCCAGUCUGGCCAGCACUACUGGGAGAUAGAAGUUGGAAGUAAGUUAGACUGGAGUAUAGGGGUUAAGACAGAGGUGGAAAAACAAUCCAAAAAACAAUCAGUAAAAUCAAAAGAUCCAAAAGAUGUAUAUCUCCAUCUUAUAAAUGGCCGAGGAUAUAACGCCUGCUUCAAUGGCACAGAGUUUCCCAUCCCGGUCAAGACAACGUUCAGUAAAGUAGGGCUCUAUCUGGACUGUGACAGAAAACAGGUCUCCUUUUACAAUGCAGACACCAUGACUCUGAUUUUCAUGACCCCAUACAAAUCUGACCUGCCCUGCUCUAUAAGUCUUUUCCCAGGAGCUUACCUGGAUGGAAUGAACAUCGACCCAAUCUCAAUAUGUUCGUACAGUUCUAAUUCUGCUCACAAUCCAUGAUACCAACCUAGAAUUACUUUUCACUGAUCUCACACCUCUCUACAUAUUCAUCUGUGUGUUGAAUUGCCUAAUGAGGUUAAUAUUCUCUGGUUUUAGGCAAGGCUGUAACAAGUAUUUAUGUAACCCUUCAAAAUAAUGCAUCAUAUUUCUACUUAGGCUUGAGACAGAGUAAGAGGGACAUACGGAAAUCUGAUUACAAAAAAAGACAUCUGCUCAUAUUGAAAUGGAAAACGAUCCCCCUUUCCUUGAGGAGAUUAUUAGCAAGCUAAUGAAUAUUAAUGAGCAUUAGGGUUCUGCCUCAUGGUUAAUCAUGACUACUGGAACAAAACUGGAUAUACGUGCCAUUUUCAGAUUAAAAAUCAUCUGAGAUGCAUUUUAUAGACAAUUAGCAAUAGCACAAUCAAUUGUAUUAAUUAUACCCCCGCUCCGGGGGGGGGGGGAUACUGUGUUUUUACCUCUGUCCAUCAAUCCAUCCGUAUCUCCAUCCGUCCGAAAUGCCCUUUUUCUCAGCAACCACAAAUCAUAGCCACUUGGUACUUGGUACCAAACUUCAGCUUGGGGUUCUAUACCAUAUAUACCGUUUUCAGGUCUGUCGCACAUCAAUUUCCUGUUUAUUGACUGAAUGUAUUUAUGAAACAUAUAGGGUGGAUUUACAAAAUUUUCAUAACACUUUUCUCAGCAACUUCAAAUCACAACUGCUUGAUAUUUAGUACCGAGCUUUAGCUUGGGGUUCUAUACCGUCUAUACUGUUUUCAGGUCUGUCACACAUCGAUUUCCUGUUUACCGAUUGAAUGUAUUUACAAAACAUAUAGGGUGGAUUUUGACGCUAUUUCAAGAAGCAAAAUGCUAUUUUAAAAUGCCAGUUUACCAGGAUGUCAUUUGAAAUCCCUGCGGAGAACACUGCUCUUUACUUACUUGUUUCGGGGUUAAUUAUUUGUUGAAGUCAACAUUCAUAAUAAGUGUCCUAUUCCUUCGAUUGCUUGCAUUCUGACAUACAGUGGUGCUUGAAAGUUUGUGAACCCUUUUGAAUUUUCUAUAUUUCUGCAUAAAUAUGAUC